GAGGGUCCCCGCAGCUGGAAGGACAUCUGAGCAGGAGCAAAGCAGUUAACGAGCUUCCUGGACGCAAAUUGGUGUCAGCGCGAAAACGAGCGGCUGGCGCUCGGCCCCGCCCGCCCGCGGGGGAUAUAAGGGAGGCGGCCGGCAGCCGGCACACAGCACAGCCUCCUCUCCCAGCUCCACCGACAGACAGCCAGACGGCCAGCCAGACGGACAGCAUGCACUGCGGCAACUUCGGCAACUUCUCGGGCGCCGUCUUCCCCGGCUGCUACUGGGGCAGCUACGGGUACCCCCUGGGCUACAGCGUGGGCUGCGGCUACGGCAGCACCUAUUCGCCCGUGGGCUACGGCUGCGGCUACGGCUACGGCGGCUGCCUCAGCUACCGGCGGUACUGGCCCUACGGCCUGUACUGAGGGCCCGGCCGGGCCUCCGGCUCCCGCCCCCGACACCGGCUCCCGUCCCCUCGCCCGCCCGCCGACCAGGACCCCGGGACGGAGAUGAACGCCAGGGGCUGCCGGCAGCUCCCCGCCCGGGGGCGCCUGUCCGGACCUUUCCAGAAGCCUGACCCCCACACCUGUCUUCCCUCCGGGUGUCUCCCCAGCCCCGCCCCGCCUGCCGUCUCAGGGUGUGGGUGGGCCCGUCACAGCCUCAAUAAACUUG